AUGCUAGCCAAGAUGACUGCUGCUCCAGGAGCAGCUAACUUUGAAGAUGAGGGUGCGAGAUACAAACGCCAGAGAAUGUCCUCUCCCUCGCCAGCACCUACCGUUGUAUCAGACCCGUUUGAUGCCGUCACUGGCACGACAGCGGAACUACUGCCUACCAUCGACGAAUAUCCUGUUCAUACACAACAACAGUGUCGCAUCUUUCAACUUCCCUUCGAACUUCGCGAAAUGAUUUAUGGCAUGGCCUGCGUCAACGAUGGCGUAUCAGCAGUCAUGGGCAAGAGUACAAGUCGUCAUGCAAGUCAGGAUUCGGCCAAGGAGCCAGCAUUUCUGCGAAGCUGCAGGCUAGCGCGCUUUGAAGGACAACCCAUCUUCUACCAGAAGAACGACUUUGUGGUCAGGCGUCGCGACUCGCUCAACUUCCAUCCCCGGCCGAUCGUCGAUGCACCCGUCGUAUACCCUUACAACUCUUUCAACACCGGAGUUCCCAGAUGGCUGGACAACAUGAGCAGCGAAAGAAUUGCAAAGAUCAAGACAGUGGUGCUUGUGCAGAUCGCACGUGGGGUGUACAAAGAUGCAUACAACGAAUGGCAUCGCGAUGCGAGUGCUUGCUUCCGUCUGCGGUACUCUGCGAAACAAGACAGUGGCUACGAGAUCGAAUACAUCCGUGUCGACACGAGUGGACGGUCAGACAAGUACGCGGAAAGACUCGGUGAGGCGCUCGAGAUGAGAAUGAACAAAUUGGUGAAGGAUAUGGGCAUCAAGCAGUGGAACAGGCAGUCGAUCUGGGAUAUGGCGUAUCUUUUGUGA